GUUUCAAGAGAGAGGAUGGCGAGAUCUGGCAAGAAUCAGCGCCAAACCGAAGUUAAUAAAACGCCAUCAAUUCGCGAUAUCUUCACAGAUCAACUUGAUUCGUCGGUGUUAACUUGUAACUUUUCUUCUGCAUCGAGUGCGCCGGUUUCCAUCACCCUCUCUCCUUCUCCAGAGGCAAAAAGCGAGAUGGUCCGGCAGUGGUCAGCGUUGGCAAUGGCGACCCUGAUGUUGGCAGCCUUAUCGUGGGCAGCUCCACAGCAGUCUCUCCUUCUGCCAACACCUGUGCCUUCGUGCAAUCGCUGGUGUCAUCAUGAUGUUGACGGUUAUUUGUAUUGCUGUCAGGAAGAGCAAGGCGUUGGCGCCCACAGUGGGAAAUGCCCAGACACGCCAAUCCAGCCACACGAGCAGAGCAUCCUGGACACAAAGGGAGGAGGCGCCCUUCACUGCGAGAGCGACGGAGAUUGCACAAAGAGCCAAAAAUGUUGCUACACCAAAUUCAGACAGCAACGCAUCUGCCGUAAUGUGUAGGUGCUCUGGGCUGGGUCCCACUGUCAUUGCAAUAUUGCUCUUGUAUUUUGUACAGUGUAAGAGAGUUCAGAUAAUAAAUGCUUCUGGUAUUAAA